AUGGCUAGCAAUGAACAAGAACAAAACCGCGAACUUAAUCCAACAUUAGGUGAUUUAGAACGAGAAAAGACGAAAUUGGAAGAGCAAUUGGCUAAUGAGCAGCGCCAAGCAGCCGCAGCUCUCACAGAAGCCGAACGGCGCAAUCAGCUUGUCGAACAAACAAAAAUCGACAUUUUAGACUUGAGUAAAUUUUGUAUCGACACAUGCGCGGUUGACAUGCCAUCUUGGUUAUUAUGGCACGGUCGGUUAGGUUCGUUUUCCGACCAUUUCCUUGCCACCGGAAGUUCAAACGUAGGUUCCAGUCAUUUCCUGCAAACUUCGAGUUGGAAACGGUCAGGAACUGAUCGGAUAUUUCCUGUCCAAUUCCGACCGGAAUCCGGCGGCAAGGAAUCUGCUGGAACCGACUCAGAUUUCAACGGAUCCAGUCGCCGGAAUAAUCGGCCUGGGGUUUAG